AUGCGUCUCAGUAACCACCGAAGCUUUCUUACCAUUGGCAACGAAGUCAGGCUUCGUGGAUGUUACAUGUUUGUAGGAAGUUAUCCACUUCUUGUGUUAGAGAGUAUUAAACCUGAGCCGGACGUAACAAUGCAGCAGGAAGCUGAGGGUAUUACGUCAUCCGACACACCGGAAGUCCCAACAGUCGGCAACUCGGGCAACUAUAGCAAGGCAGAACCACAAAUGAGUUGCGGAGAUUCACAACAAACGGAUCCGAAGACGUCUUAUGGACUCGACAAAGCAGUUCCGGACUGCGAAAAAACUUUGAACAAUGAAGCCGGAUUAUGUUCUACUGGAGACGAAAGAAUGGCUUCAUUUCACAUAGGCGAACAGUGUUUAACUGGAAUCAUACCGCAGAGGACCAUCACAUACGAACUGAGCCAAGUGCGGCACAAGUCGGCAACAUUUCCAUCAGAUACCAAAAAGAGAUCACCAGUUGAUGGUCCAACGCAUCUUCCCGUCCGACCCAAAUCCCCAGAUUAUGUGUUGCCAAGCGUUGCUAGAGCUGCGUCACCAACGGAAGUCUUUAAGCCCAUGGAUACCAUCGACUCACUGUACUCGGCGCCUUGGGGAUCCACCUAUGACCAGGACACCUCGUUAUGGCUACCUGACGUCAGCAUCACGCCAUUGGAUAGAAUCUGUUCUUUUGAGUACCUACACACAACAAAACCUAAACCGUUAUGUGUGUCGUCCCUGGGGAAUGUGGAUCACACGUGUUCAGCCGUGUGUGAAGACGAUCCCACGUGUGUUACCUACCAUACCAUGGCGGACACCAUAGCUUCAGAGAUGCCAGUUAAUACCGAUAAAGGACGUCUCUCGUCAGCAAUCAAGCCGGUUAAUCAAGAACGCCCUAUUUUACCUUCAGUCAACCGAGUAUCGCCACCAAAAGUUCCCUCAGUUGCUGUUAACGUAAAAUCUCCACAGAACAAGAAACGACCACCCUAUUCAGUAAACUUGGCAUUGUUCACGGCCUUCAAAAUGGGCGUGUCUCCAGUUAUAUUUCACAGGGCAGGCAUCAAAGCUAUAAUCAAACACAACUCAAGGAAGGUUAAGGAAAGCACCGACCAUGAUACUAAUAGACAUGAUAGGGACGGAUAUUUUAUCCCCAUUUAUGUCCCAAAACGCUGCACCACUGUCUCCGCCUUGUCAACUGUCCUACAAACAAGUACUGCAGUGAUUUUUGGCAAAACUGCAUUUAAAUAUGUAAAAAAUGGCGAGAAGGGGUCUGACAAAAGUCAAACAACAACAAACCGAGACCUAAAGGUAAACAUGAACGAUACAGUGAAACCCAGGAAUCAGUCCACAUGUUCACUUGGUACUCCCCAAAGAAAUCUGAACAAUGACACACAAAAACACUGCAGUUCAUUGGCUGUUACGCAACAGCCUGACAUACCACUAUCGGCCUUAACUCAUAUUCCAGUAACCACAAAUGUACCGAAUCAUGGAGAAAAUCCUGAAACCAAAGAAAUUGCGAUUAGCGUAGCUGUGAAGCCAGUUGUUGGUUCAAUGAUGUCACUUGCGGCCAGACGACAUGACAACAGCACGUACAUGGCGCUGUCUUCGUUGCUAGUGACGACAACAACCGUAGUCCUUGGAGAUGCAAUGGAAAACAGUUGUGUAGAGCUGACAGAAAUAGAACUGUCCGAAAAGGUGCCAGAGGUUGAGACCAAAGUCAACAACCGUAGGUCUGUACUGGACAUCUUAUUUUGUAGGCAGAGGAAAUAACUCUAUGACGCCCAGCAAACUGUAAACAGCAAUAACGAGUCAGAAAAUACGAAGAAAAGGAUUUCAUUUCACAAGAAUGUGAUCAUGAACAUUUUGUGAAUGUGAUCAUUAAAAUCAUGUGUACUGUUGGUCCUUUCUUGUAUUCCGAAUGUCGUUAAUUCUUGUGGAUGGUUUACGUUUGGGGUUUCAUCUGCAGCAAAGGGGAUUUAAUGGACAUAUACAUCAUAUACAUCAACAAUAGAGACUGAUCUAUCGGUUGCAAGAGUGGUAGAAAGAUCAAAUAAAACUUUGA